AUGGGCCGAAAUAUAUUCGCAUUCUGCUUUGUACUGUCGCUAUUAUGCGGCUGCUGCUCAUCGCUAGGAUGCAAAUGGAUCAAAGACGACCUGUACAAACCCACCAGCAAAGAAACCAUGAACCUGCUGAAACACAUGGGCAAGGAGUUUGUUAAGGAAAGAGCACACAUGCAUAUCCCACCUAAAGCUUACAAAAUGCACAAACACAUAAAGUUGGGAGACAAUGUGUUUGAGGUUUAUGAAGCAUUUCUUAACAUCAGCAAGAUUUUCAAUUUAAAUCAAGACUCGGUGACAACAUGGAACAGGACUGCGCUGGAUAUCUUCAGGAACAACCUCUACCGACAGACUAAAGAACUCAAGUCUUGUAUGCAGGAGAUGAAGUACUCCGACAACAGACGAUCUACUGAAAUGAAGACAUUGGAGUCAUAUUUUAAGAAGUUAGAACAUUUUUUGGAUAACAAGAAUUACUCUGCUCGUGCCUGGGAGGUUAUCAGAAUACAAGUUCAAGACAAUUUGGAAAGGAUGGAUCGAUUCACUGCUCAUAUUAGAACACACAUGAUGGAUAAUUCCAAUGUUUAAUAUUUCCUUUUCUUUUGGGAG